AUGUUUAGAGGUUUAUUUUCAAAUGGAUAUAAAAUUUUUAGAAAAUUCUUUGUGAUGGGAAUUUUUAUAAUGGUAAUAUUUUUCCAAUUCAAAUCCUCGAGAUCAAAUUCUAAUAGUCCGAGUAAUAGUUUCAUUAGAAAUAUACCCAAAUUAGAAAAUAUUAACACUGAAAUUUUUAUAAAAAGAAGUUAUUGGGAUUUAGGGAAAGUUUCUGCAAUUGCAGGAUUAGUCCUGACAGCUGCUACUGCACUAUUUACAGGAUUGAGUCCAGUAAUUUGUGUUUUACCAGCUACACCACAAUGUUGGACAUUAAUCUUAGGAUUAACACUUACUGCUACGAUUGCAGGUGUUACAACAAGUUAUGUUGCAUAUAAAGAAUAUAUGCAUGAUAAAGUAAUCAAUGGAGGCCAAGAUGCAAUUGGAUAUUCCAUUGUAGAGAGAUAUUCUUUUGAAUAUUCAUGUUUGAACACUACGACACAUAUGUACCCAGCAGGUAAUAUUGAGGAUUCAACAACUAUGCUAUAUCCACCAGAUGAUCUAUAUGACGAUGUUGUUUCCAAGUUUUUCAAUGUAGGUCUCGGAGUUCCAAUUCUAACUGUGGCUAAUAGUACGAAGAAAUUAGCAGGAAAUGAAAGUUUAGAAGUAAUUUCUAUUCAUUGGAAUUCCGAUUUAGGCAAACAUACAGCAACACACUUAGAACAUUAUAAUGUGACAGCAAUGGCAAAUGAUAUUGCUGAACAAUAUAACUCUGGUUAUAAUGGGUCUGGCAUAUAUACCAAGAGUAAUGUUAUUACUGAAUCUAAUGAAAAGAGUAGCAAAUGUGGAAAUCAUAGUUGUUAUAAUAAUAAUAAAAACCAAAAUAAUGAAAGAAGAGUGGUUGAUUGGGUUUCAUACAAUAUUGGAUUUGGAGUAGAUAACCAACCGUUAACCGCACACGGGUUACGUGAUUGGAUCAAAUCAAUUGGAGUUUGGGAUGGGAACAUUGUUCAAUUUGCCAAAUUAUUUUAUAAUGAUGGAAUGACUGAGAGUUGGAAAUGGAAGAUAGAUAUUGUUACCGAUGACAGUAUUAGUAGUUCAUGGUUUUUAGGAAGGAAGAAAAGAAGAACAGUCACUCGAGGUGAAGCAUAUUUGAACCAAUACGGAGGAGUGGAAUCCUAA